UUUUAAUAGACGUGUAAAGAAGAAACUAUGGCCAACAUGAGGGGUUUGAUUAUGGAUGUGAAUCUGAGAAGUCGUGAAAACAACUCGGCUCACCGCACCAGCGAGAUCGACAGGGAGCGCCUGAUUGUCCGCAGGGGUCAACCGUUCUCCAUCGCGGUGCAGUGCUCUGAGACUCUGCCUCCGACACACCACCUGGAGCUGCGUCUGCACCUCGGUAAGAGAGACGAGGUGGUGAUCAAGGUUCAGCAGGAACGCGGGGCCGGAGACGAGUGGUGGGUCAACCAGCAGGGAGCGCAGGAUGAAAUGCUGCUGACUCUGCACAGUCCACCAGACGCCAUCAUUGGCCAGUACCGUCUGGCUGUGUUGAUGAUGUCCCCUGGCGGACGCGUUUUAGAGAAGACCGAUGAAAUGAGGUUCCACCUGCUCUUUAACCCGUGGUGCAAAGAUGAUGUGGUGUACCUCCCUGAUCAGAGUCUGCUUCAGGAGUAUGUUAUGAAUGAAGAUGGAGUCAUAUACAUGGGGUCCUGGGAUAGCAUUAGGAGUAUCUCCUGGAGUUUUGGACAGUUUGAGGACUAUGUGAUGGACAUCUGUUUUGAAGUCCUGGACAACUCCAAGGACGCCCUGAAAAACUCUGAGGUGGACAUCAAGCUCAGAUCGGACCCCGUCCAUGUCAGCAGGAUGAUCACCACGAUGGUGAACUCUAACGGGGACAGGGGUGUGUUGACCGGUCGCUGGGUGGAGCCGUACUCUGAUGGAGUCCCGCCGUACAAAUGGUCCGGCAGCGUGCCGAUCCUCCAGCAGUGGAGCAAGAAUGGGGUCAGAGCGGUCAAAUAUGGCCAGUGCUGGGUGUUUGCUGCCGUCGCCUGCACAGUGCUGCGCUGUCUGGGAAUCCCAACACGCCUCAUAACCAACUACGCUUCAGCCCACGAUGUCGAUGGAAACCUCGCCGUCGACAUCAUGCUGAAUGAAAGACUGGAGAGAAUUGAUGGAAAAAUCAAUGCAGACAGCAACUGGAACUUCCACUGCUGGGUCGAGUCCUGGAUGAGGAGAGGAGAUCUUCCCAGGGGAAAUGACGGCUGGCAGGUUUUGGACCCGACCCCUCAAGAACUGAGUGAUGGUGAGUUUUGUUGCGGGCCGUGUCCAGUGGCGGCCAUCAAAGAGGGAAAUCUGGGGGUAAAGUACGACGCUCCAUUUAUAUUUGCCGAGGUGAACGCUGACAUCCUCCACUGGAUCGUCCAACGCGACGGCCGACGCCGAAAGAUCCAAAUGGAUCAGGCCAGUGUGGGGAGGAAUAUCAGCACCAAAAGUGUUUACGGCAACCAGAGAGAAGAUGUCACUCUCCACUACAAGUAUCCUGAAGGCUCCAGGAUGGAGAGAGAGGUGUAUAAGAAGGCGGGGCGCCGGGUCACGGAGCUGACCUAUGAGAACGCAGAACCAGGACAACUGAAGCUGUCAAUCAAGCAUGCUCAGCCUGUCUAUGGGACCGACUUUGAUGUGCUUGUUGUGGUGGAGAAUGAAGGAGGCCGAGAGGCUCGUGCUCAGCUGACCACGCUGGUGACCGCUGUGACUUACAACUCUAUCCACCGGGGGGAGUGCAAGAGGCAAUUAAUCAGUGUGACAGUGCCAGCUCACAAAGCCUUCAAGGAAGUGAUGCGUCUGCACUAUGCCGACUACGCCGGGUGUGUCUCUGAACAUCAUAUGAUCAGGGUGAAAUCCCUCCUGCAGGGAGAGAGCGAGCCCAUCAUGACCGAGGUCAACAUCCCACUGAGCAUGCCUGAACUCCUCGUACAGGUGCCUGGGAAGGCUUUUGCAUGGGAACAAUUAACUGCCCUCAUCUCCUUCACCAAUCCUCUGCCAGUUCCUCUGAAGGGCGGCGUGUUCACUGUGGAGGGGGCCGGACUGCUGUCAGCCACUGAGAUCCUUGUGAAUGGGGAUAUAUUCCCCGGCCAGAAGGUGUCUGUCAGGCUGUCGUUCUCACCCACGCGGCCGGGGGUCAAGAAGCUGCUUGUGGACUUUGACUCUGACAGACUGAAGGACGUGAAGGGAGUCGCCACUGUGCUCGUCCACAAGAAAUACGGUCCUGUACGCACGACUCAUUGAAAACCUUUGAGCUGAAGACUCAGCGGUGGGUUGGUUGACCCGGAGAUUAUUUCAUCUGAUUCUGUCACAUAAUUAUCACU